AGAAAAUCGAAAAAUUAGUAAGCAACAAAUUAAAAUGGAAAAAGUUACAAGCAUUUUCUUUGUUCUUCUCCUAAUUUCUUCAUGUCUGAUUUUGAGGAGUCAAGGUCAAUUUCGAUGUAAGAGUGUUGCGGAAUGUGAUUCUCGUGGUUGCAGAGUAGGAACACAUGUAAUAUGCAAUGAACACCACAUAUGUACAUGUGCUCAUGGUUCUCCCAUUGGUGGUCAGUGUGAUGGAGUCGAAGACUGUGACCUUUCUGGCUGUCCACCAAACUCUCAUGUUAUAUGCGAUAGAAUUGGAGGAAACUUCUGCACUUGUGUCCCCAAUUGAUUUAAAUGGUCUCUAAUGAUUGGAGUAAAUUUAAUAUAAUGUCUUAUAUAUAAAGAAAUAUCCAUUAUAAUUCAUAUGUGUGAGAUGUAAUAUCAGUAAAAAAAAAUAUUGAUUUUAAUUAACCAUUAUGCUUUG